UUUUUAGAAAAGCAAUUAAUUAUUUUGAAUUUUGUAGAUUUUUUUUUAUUUUUAUUUUUAAUUUUUCAUAUAUAUUGAAUUAAGUAGUAGUAAGCGAAUUCUAUGGCGGAUUUGGGUUGGUUAAAAGCAAGAAGUUAGGGUUUUUGAUUCUUCGGGUUUUCAGAUUCCUUUCAAGUCAAAGCAAAGCAAUCGCCUUUUCGUCCAUAUCUUUUUGACGACUUAAAAAAGUUCUUGCUGUGUUGUUUUACUCAGCCAUCUUGCCUGCGCUUGAUCAUCUAUUUUGUUCUUCUCUGCCUUUCAACUAAGGCAGAGUUUGAACUAAAACUGAGAUGGAUGUCGGUGCACUUCUAACUUCUGCUGGGAUUAAUGUAGCCAUAUGCGUUGUGCUUGUGUCGCUUUAUUCCAUUCUACGAAAGCAGCCAGCCAAUUAUUGUGUUUACUUUGGCCGAAUGCUCUCUAGCGGAAGAGUUAAACGUCAUGAUCCUCAUUGGUAUGAGAGGUUUGCGCCUUCUCCAAGUUGGCUCCUUAAAGCUUGGGAAACUACUGAGGACGAGAUGUUGGCUGCUGCUGGUCUCGAUGCUGUCGUUCUCAUCAGGAUGGUCAUUUGCAGCAUUCGUAUUUUCUCAAUCGUUGCAGUCGUUUGCAUUGCCUUCGUGCUACCUGUUAACUAUUAUGGACAAAAGUUGGAGCACAAGGAAGUCCAUUUGGAGUCAUUGGGAGUAUUCACAAUUGAGAACCUUCAUCAACGCUCACGAUGGCUGUGGGUUCAUUGUCUCUCAUUGUACAUCAUAUCCUCGGCAACUUGUGCUCUUCUUUACUUUGAGUAUAAAAAUAUAACCAAAAGGAGGCUUGCCCAUAUUGCUGAAUCUGCCUCUAAGCCAAGCCAUUUUACUGUUCUUAUUCGUGCUAUUCCUGAGUCUCCUGAGCAAUCCUACAGCGAGACAGUGAGCAAAUACUUCACAAACUACUAUGCACCAAGCUAUGUGUCGCACCUAAUGGUCUACCGUGAUGGGUUCAUCCAGAGGCUGAGGAAUGAAACGGAGAGGAUGUGUCAGGCCAUGAAACAUGUUUCUUCUGAUUUAAGUUGUAACCCGAGCUUGAAGUCAUGCACCUUUUGUGGACCUGCAGCCACAAAUUCUUUUCAAAUCCUCGCUAACGAGGCAGACAGUGUGAAAACGCUGGAGCUUGGUGAGUUGACUUUGGCUACGACGGAGGAAGAACGUCCCGUUGCUUUUGUGUUUUUCAAGAGUCGUUAUGAUGCUCUUGUUGUUUCGGAGGUUCUUCAAACACCAAAUCCUAUGUUAUGGGUGGCAGACUUAGCUCCAGAGCCUCAUGAUGUUCAUUGGAGGAAUCUCAGAAUACCUUAUCGGCAACUUUGGAUGCGAAGAAUAGCAACCCUUGUUGGUGCUAUUGCCUUCAUGUUUGUGUUUCUUUUUCCUGUUGCCUUUGUNAAGCAAAGCAAUCGCCUUUUCGUCCAUAUCACUCCCUAA